AUGCCAUCUUACUUUUUCCAUCUCGCAUUUGAGCUUUAUCCAUACCCCACCGGCCGUGCGCAACAGCCAUCCACGACUUCGCUGCAGCCUGUCUAUACACCUCCGUUAGGUACCGACAUAUUCACCUCCGAGCUUCCUGUCCACAGGGUCUCUUCCUGGGGCUCUGCACCUAGUAGACCGAGCCACCGUCGAUCCAAGACCGCUACCUCGAGCAGCGAUCUUCCCCCUCUAUCCACGUCGCAGGCUCGACCACUGGCCCAGCGGAGGCUCAGUCACCUCAACGGACACUCCUCCGGGGAUCACCGCGAGAGUCCAGUACCUCUGGUCAAACCUGCCUCAAGCGGUACACGUACACAGCACCCGGCUUCGCAGGACUGGCGAUUCGGCAGUGUCUCAAUCCAGAGCAUAGAUAUGAGCGCAGUCACGAACGGAGGGGAUAACAGGCCGCGGGGAAAAUCACUGAAUCAUACAACUCACGUUGGGGCAAGCUCUGGAGGUCUAGCAACCAAGGGCAAAUUUGUUCCUUCGGAUCCCAAGAAUACAGAGGUUGGGUGGGGAGUGGUGCAUCUAUAUCGAGAUGGCCAAGAGACGCCAGAUUUAUACGAUGAUACAACGUCAAACACAGGGCCGGAAGGUGUAGGAGCUGGUGGAGGAUCAGAUGGGAGGGCUUUCACGGAGGAAGACUGCACCACGCUGUGUAUUCUCGCCGUGCCAUCGUACAUGACACCGUCUGACCUACUUGGAUUUGUUGGAGAGCAGACGAGGGAAGACGUGAGCCACUUCAGGCUAAUCAGGACUGGAAGAACGAACAAGUACAUGGUGCUUAUGAAGUUUAGGGAGGCUCAGAAGGCGAAACAAUGGAGAAAGGAGUGGAAUGGGAAGCUUUUCAACAGCAUGGAGCCCGAGAACUGCCAUGUCGUCUUCGUAAAGUCUAUCGAGUUUCAAACUGCGGAUUCUAACCGCGAUCCGUCGAGUUUUCCAAAUAUGAACAACGAUCCUUUCACACCUGCUGCCACGCCUCAACCGACUGCACCUUUACCAGUAACGGUUUCUUCCCCAGUUGAGACGUCGCCGCUUGCCUCAUCUCUCACUACCAAACCACUAGCUCCGCCCACACCCUCACUUGUAGAGCUCCCAACAUGCCCGGUCUGCUUGGAACGGAUGGAUGAAACAACAGGUCUUCUUACCAUCCUGUGUCAGCAUGUUUUCCACUGCGCUUGUUUAGAGAAGUGGCGAGGCAGUGGAUGUCCUGUAUGUCGAUACACCCAGAAUGAUGCGCUGAUCGGGCGUGGUCACGGUGAUGGAGAAGCCCCUGAGAACGAGUGCAGUGUCUGCGGAUCAACAUCAAACCUGUGGAUCUGCCUUAUCUGCGGCAGCACAGGGUGUGGUCGAUACGAUUCCGCCCACGCCUUCGCCCAUUAUGAGGCAACGUCGCACUCAUACGCGAUGGACGUCGUAACCCAACACGUCUGGGACUAUGCUGGCGAUGGUUACGUCCAUCGCUUGAUUCAAAACAAGGCCGACGGGAAACUUGUAGACCUCCCUGCAUCCUCUCUACGGCAUCCAUAUCUUCCGGGCGAUUCGAACACGAUGACUGGCUACGCAACAGAUACCGUGCCGCGAGAGAAGCUAGACAAUAUGGGCACCGAAUAUGCCUACCUUCUCACGUCGCAGCUAGAAUCUCAGCGAGCCUAUUUUGAAGAACAGGUUGAACGCGCAGCGGACAAGGCAGCAAAAGCGGCCUCCGCAGCAGAUGAGGCCUCUCAUACAGCUUCGGCGCUGUCUCAACAGUUCUCAGCGCUGUCUUCGAAGUACGAUGAGGCGCAGGCAUCCAUCAAGAGUCUCGAAAGGGACUCUGCUCGUCACGCUGCGCGCGCAACAUCGGCGCAAGAGCUAGCUAGGAAGCUCACGAAGCAGUAUCAGGAAGAAAAGACGAUCAACGAGUCCCUCAUGACGCGGAUCUCAUUCCUGGAGUCCAAGGUCACGGAAGCGGAGACGAAAGUCAAGGACAUCGAGAAAGAGAAAUCGGACUUGGAAGAGCAAAACCGUGAUCUGAGCUUCUUUAUUAGCGGCCAGGAGAAGCUGAAGGAGAUGCAGGAGAACGAGGUUUUGGGACUGCAGGACGGAGAAGUGGAAGCGGGGAAGAUGGAGCUUGGCCCGGGCAAAGACGAGGAGAAGAAGGGGAGGAGAAAGGGGAAGGGGAAGCAGCGAGUGUGAUCGGCUGCUGAACCGGUGGAAUUAAUGGCGUUGGGAGGAAUAUGAUACCCUCGGGCGGGCCCUAUAUUGAAAGACUCUUACCUAGACAGUUAGAUAUCACAAUAAGAAACCAUGAACUUGGAAAAUUUGG